GUUAUCUGGUUUUUGCGUUACACGUAAGCCACCUGGUCAGUCUGCAGUUGUAACCUGUUUCGUGGCUUAAUUCUAGCUUGACUUUUCAUAUGGAUAGCUCAGUACUGGAUUAGCAUGUAAUAGAUUAUUGUCGUGUUUAGGUUUCAACAUCGUUUUUUCAUGAUAAUGGUAAAACUGCGGCCUUCUGAAGUAAACAUAGCGGGGAAGUGUAACAGAACACGAGGGGAAUGAUGACGACAUUUCCUAAUAAACUUUGGCGUGGAUGACGGGGCAGCUCAUUGAUUCCUACCAUGGUAAAAAAUUGUGAGACUUUUCCAUUACAUGUCUCCCUGGCGGAGCAAUUUCUCGGGAUUUACACCAUCUAGUCUACCUACAUUAUCACAAAAGUAGCUGUUUCUAAUCCUAAACUUCUGGUAGAUAAGCAGACUUGAAACUAUCCACUGUUAGCCUUUACUUCCACAAGGAAACCAACUUUUCGACACAACUGACCAAAUUCGAGAAAUUUUAACGAAUGUUUUCAAUAAUAUUUAGGACGUUUAGGUGCCGACAUGUUCUUGCUUUUUCUCUAAUUAUCCAUAUAGACACAAAUCGGUUGAAGGAGUGUGCCAAACUAUCUCCUCAAUUAUUUUAUUACAUUUAAAGUAUGGCUUUAGAAGAUUUGAUCAGUCCUAUAAUCUCUAAAGAAUGCUUUUAUAAGUUUACAAAAGAAGGAGAUUUAUUUGAUGGUCCAUGUUUUAAAGCAACUAUUAGUAAAUUAUUAGGAUAUGGAAUAGUUAUUGGCUCUUCACUUGUUAAAAUUCCACAAGUAAUAAAAGUUGCAAAAUGUAAAAAUUCAUUUGGUUUGAGUAUACUUUCAAUUUUACUUGAAAUGAUCUCUUUAACAUCUGUAAGCGCUUACUCAUUUGCUAAUGGAUUCCCUUUCAGUGCUUAUGGAGAAGGAGUCUUUUUAGGUAUACAAAAUUUCCUCUUGGCUAUUAUGGCAAUAACUUGGACAUAUUCACAUAUUAAAGCUGUCCUAUUCUCUUGUGCUUAUAUAGCAUGUGUAGCUGUUCUUUUGUCUCCAACACUUCCAUUAUCAAUAUUGAUACUAUUUCAAACAGUUAAUCUCCCAAUUAUGUUAUCAUCUAAGGUAGUUAGUUAUUUAAUUAUUGGAUAUAUAUUCAUUUUCGUAUUAUGAAUUUUUGUUUUUUCUCUUUUUAUUUGAACACAUGGACAUUGGUACAAGGAGGCACCUAAUACAUAUGCACCACACAAGUCAUAUGAUUUAGGUGAGGGCUGGGAUAAUGCUCAGGUGCCCAAACCGAAGCAGGUGGUUUUCUUAGGAGAGGUCACACCCGGAGCUUUCGACCUAAAGGUCUGGUGCACAAGGCAAUAAAGCAAGGUCAGGAGAUACAGUCCCAUGGUAGCCAGUGAUCAAUAAUUGGUUCAUACGCCAUUUGAUUCCCCAGGAUCCUGGAUCCAGCCCAUGUGCACCACUGGUUUGGAAUGAGGGUUUUCCAACUCCCUUAGAUGAAUCCUUCUGUUGUAAUUCUCUUUUUACAACCCAGCUAUUUCUAUUGCUUAGUAUUCUCGGACACCAAUUCACUCGACAAGUCCCCCAAAUCAGAACACGGUUGAACAGGAAAAGAGAUUAUAUUCCAAAUAACAAGGAUAGAUGGAAGUAGAAGCACAAUAGGGAAAACAUUGCUCAAAUAUGGACAAAUUAUUGUAAUGGGAGUACAGGUCAAUUAUCAGCUAUUACAUUGUUCCUAUUUGCUUUAGGUUCAACUGCACGUAUAUUUACAUCAAUUCAAGAAACUGGUGAUAAUCUAAUGAUUAUAUCAUGUAUAUUAGCUAGUCUAUGUAAUUACAUAUUAAUGGGUCAAUUAGUCUAUUAUUGGAAUGUAUCAUCUGUUUCUAAAAUUGACCAACAACAACAACAACAACAAUAUUCAACACGAAAAGUUAAAGUGAAUUAGUUCUAUGUUCUUUUUAUUGUUACUGUGUUAUCGUUAUUCUUUUGUAUAUGGAUUUGAAAUACGAACACAUUAUUCCAUGUAUUGUUUCAACGUGUUAUUUAUUUGUUUUUUUUUUAUAUUGGUUCCCAUAACUUGUUAAAUUGGUUGCUAAUUCAUUUAUUCAUUUUAGUUACUAUGUGAAUUCAUGAUCAAUAUACAUGUGGGUUUUUAUAAUUAGUUUUAAUAAUAACGAUAAUCUUAUUAAUUUUUCUAAGG